AUUGUCCUCCCAACAUGCUAAAAGGGACCCAGUAACAUACCAGGAGGUGCUUCUGUGAGUCAGUCGAUGAUGAGCUGCUAGUAUUAGGGUCUCAGCAUGGGCCUGUACACAGCAGCUUUCCUCCUGGGAGUCUUGAUCUGCACUGUUGAUGGUGCUGAGGUGGAGGGCUACUCCAAAACCGAAGGGGCAUGGAUCAUCUCACUGAACAAACGAAUGUAUUCAGCUAACACUGCGGCUCUGUGCGCCAUCAAAUGCAACACUGAAUCAUCGUUCACGUGCAGGUCUUUUAUCUAUAUUGAGAAGGACCAAGAGUGUUGGACAGUAGCGGCAAACUCUAAAACAGAGAAUGUCCUGCGCAGAUCCAGCACAGCUUUUUAUGAAAAAAAUGAAUAUCUCCUGGAGUGUGUAAAUGGGGUAGGAAUAGAUUACAGAGGAACAAAGUCCAAAACAAAAACAGGAACGCUCUGUCAGGGAUGGACCUCAAGCUACCCACACAGGCCAAAUAUCACACCACAGACCCACCCGCUAGCAGACCUGGAGUCCAACUUCUGCAGAAACCCUGAUGGGGACAGUGGGGGACCCUGGUGUUACACCACUGACUCCAACACCCGCUGGGAGCACUGCAACGUACCCAGCUGCUCUCAGGAAUGUAUGGUCUGCAACGGUGUGAACUACAGAGGGAAAAUCUCCACCACUGAAAACGGCUACACCUGCCAGCGCUGGGACUCCCAGAAACCUCACAACCAUGGCUACAAUCCCAGCACUCUCCCAGAAAAAUACCUCGAGGAGAACUACUGCAGAAACCCAGAUGGAGAUCCCCGACCAUGGUGCUUCACUACCAGCCCAGCCAAACGAUGGGACUUAUGCGCCAUACCCCGCUGCACCACUGAGCCUCCCACCAUCAUCCCAGAGACUGAGUGUAUUACCGGUGUAGGUGCGGCGUACCGAGGAACAAUUGCUGUAACCGAGACUGGCAAAACGUGCCAGAGUUGGUCGACUCAGACGCCACAGAAACACAACCGAACUCCAGAAAACUACCCUUGCAAAGGUCUAGAUAAUAACUACUGUCGUAACCCCGACAAUGAGAGGAUGCCCUGGUGCUACACAACUGACCCCGACACUCGCUGGGAGUACUGCAACGUGACGCGGUGCGGGGAUACGCCUGGACCAGAUGACCCAGUGAUCCCCCCAGAUGAGGAAGACUGUUAUGAGGGGAACGGCUCCAGUUAUCGGGGUGUAACAUCAGAGACCGUCAGUGGGAAAAAAUGCCAAAGAUGGAGUUCCAUGACUCCUCACAGACAUGUGAAAACUCCAGAUGUCUACCCUAAUGCGGAUCUCAGAAGGAAUCUGUGCAGGAACCCUGAUGGGGACCGAGCCCCCUGGUGUUACACUACAGACCCCACAGUCCGCUGGGAAUACUGCAAGCUGGAGAAAUGCCCCGUCAGGCCUUCAGGAACCAGUCGUCCUGGACCUCAGUACCCCUCCACUGCCACCCAGACACCACCAGAAGAAAACUGCAAGGUUGGAAAUGGAGAAGCAUACCGAGGUCCAACUUCCAUUACUGUGCUGGGCGUGACGUGCCAGGCUUGGAGCGCUCAGACUCCUCACAGUCACAGCAGCUUCACCCCAGAGACUCACCCCACCAAGGGUCUGGAAGGCAAUAGCUGCAGAAACCCAGACAACGAUGUGAACGGACCGUGGUGCUACACUACUGACAGCAACAAGAAAUGGGACUACUGCCAGAUCCCCGACUGUGCUGGACUGAGCUGUGGAACACCAGCCAUCAAACCAAGGCGCUGUUUUGGUCGUAUUGUCGGCGGCUGCGUGUCGAAGGCUCACUCAUGGCCCUGGCAAAUCAGCCUCCGGACCAGCACAGGUUUCCAUUUCUGUGGAGGAACUCUGAUCGACCCUCAGUGGGUCCUGACUGCUGCUCACUGCCUCGAGAGGUCCACUCGCCCUUCAGCGUAUAAGGUAUUGCUGGGUAUCCACACUGAGAGAGCCACUGAGUCAUCAAAACAAGAGAGGGGACUUGAGAAAAUGGUGCUGGGACCGAAUGGAGCGGAUAUUGCUCUGCUCAAACUAGAUAGACCCGUGCUACUAUCAGACAAAGUGCAGCCAGCUUGUCUGCCAGAAAAGGACUAUAUAGUUCCCAGUGGAACAGAGUGUUAUGUUACUGGAUGGGGCGAGACUCAAGGUACGGGAGGUGAAGGCAUCCUGAAGGAAACCGGUUUCCCUGUGAUUGAGAACAGGGUGUGUAAUCGUCCGGCAUACCUGAACGGCAGAGUCAAAGAGCAUGAAAUGUGUGCUGGAAAUAUCGAGGGAGGAACAGACAGCUGCCAGGGUGACAGCGGCGGUCCUCUGGUGUGUUAUGCGCAGAACAGCUUUGUCCUGCAGGGUGUCACAUCGUGGGGUCUGGGGUGCGCCAACGCCAUGAAACCCGGCGUCUACGCUCGAGUGUCUAAGUUUGUGGACUGGAUCGACAGAACCAUCAAAGCCAACUAAAAGCUGUCAUCUUAUUAUUGAGGAUGUGUUAACAUGUAUAUGAUGUUCUGCUCUGGUGUGACUAAAGUUGUUAGGUUGGUAUUAGGUGUUGUUACCUGAGGUGGAUGCACUAUGAGCAGAGCAUGUUAGUGGUUUUAAAAACAAGGAAAGUUUCUGAAAGAGCUGAAAAUAAAACCAGGAAAUGUUACUUCAUACAAAAUGUAUUAAAAACCUCCUUUCUUGUGUUUGAGUGAAAUAAAAAGUAAUCAUUCAGCUGUC